AUGUCUUCUGGUGUUGCGCCCGUCGAGGCAGCAGAGGCUCCCAAAGCUUAUGUCCUUCCUGCAGAGAAAGAUGUUAUCGGCGAGAAGCAAGGCCUUGAUCUGAAAGCAUCCGCCCAAGCCUCUGAUUCGGAUGAGCCAGCCGACGAUAUCCUCGUCGGGCCCAAUGGAGAGCAGUAUCCGACCAAGGAAGAGCUGCAGACUCUGAGACGGACUCAUGGACAUGUUCCCAUGAUCCUCUACAGCAUCGCGUUUGUUGAACUCUGCGAAAGGUUUGCCUAUUAUGGAACUACCCAAGUCUUCAACAACUAUAUCAACUGGCCUUUGCCUCCAGGCUCCAAAACCGGUGAAGCAGGUACGGACGGACAAGCUGGUGCGCUUGGUAAAGGCACACAGGCUGCAACUGCAUUGAUUUUAUUCAACUCUUUCUGGUCUUAUAUCAUGCCAAUGCUGGGAGGAUAUGUCGCCGAUACAUACUGGGGCCGUUACAAGACCAUCAAUUUCGCCAUCAUCAUUGCCACUCUCGGUCAUAUCAUCAUUGUCAUUUCUGCCGUUCCAGGAGUCAUUGAAAAGUCCAAUACCGCCUUAGGAGUCUUCUGUCUGGGAUUGAUCUUUUUCGGCAUCGGCGUGGGUUUCUUCAAAUGCAACAUCUCUCCCCUCAUUGCCGAGCAAUAUGAAUCCAUGUAUCCACGGGCAACGAUCUUUGUCGAGAAGUCGGGGGAGAGAGUGAUCCACGACCCUGGUUUGACCAUCUCCCGGAUCUACAUGCGGUACUACUUCUUCAUCAAUGUCGGCGCUCUGGCAGGCCAAAUAUCCAUGGUGUAUGCUGAGAAGUAUGUAGGCUUCUGGCUGUCCUUCCUCUUGCCGACCGUGUUGUUCUUAUUCACACCGAUUGUCAUGAUCUGGUGCCGGAACAAGUACGUCAGGCGACCACCAACUGGUGAUGUCUUAUACAAGGCAGUCCGCUUGAUCGGUUUUGCCAUGAGGGGCCACUGGACUUUCAACCUCAAGGCCUUGGUCGCUCGACUUAAAAGCGAUGAGCUGUGGGAGAGAGCCAAGCCAUCUCGUGUGGCCAAUAAACCAAAAUUCAUGACCUUCGAUGACGCUUGGGUCGAUGAGGUCCGCAGAGGUCUCUCGGCAUGUGGUGUCUUUGUCUUCCUGCCUAUGUACUGGCUUGUGUACAAUCAGAUGACGAACAAUCUGGUCACCCAAGCCGGCACGAUGAAACUAGACGGAGUACCAAAUGAUGUGGUGAACAACCUUGAUCCGUUUGCCCUCUUGAUAUUCAUUCCUAUCCUCGACAAGCUCGUCUAUCCAGCCAUGGCCAAACGCGGUUGGCGCUUCACACCCAUCAAGAGGAUCACUGCAGGAUUUGCAUUCGGAUGCGUCUCCAUGGUCAUUUCCGCCAUUAUCCAGCAUUUCAUCUAUGUCAAAUCACCCUGUGGCAACCACGCCACUGACGGCGACUGCAUUGCUGAACUCGGCCCACCAGAUCUCUCGGUUUGGAUCCAGACACCGGCCUAUGUGAUCAUCGCACUGUCCGAGAUUUUCGCCAACAUCACCAGUCUGGAAUACGCCUUCACCAAGGCGCCCAAGAACAUGCGCUCGUUCGUCACCGGCCUGUACUGGUUCACCAACGCAUUCUCCAGCGCCAUCGGCCAAGCGUUUGUGCCUCUCUCCAAGGACCCCUUGUUCACCUGGUUGUACACGUCGAUUGCGUGCAUUAGUUUUGUGGGCAUGGUCGCCUUCUGGUUCACGUUCCGUGAGUUGGACAAGGCUGAAGACGAGCUCAACGCCCUGCCUGAAAGUACGUACCAGGGAAGAAAGGGAAGCAUAGUUGACGUCGAGGCUCUCCAAGCAAGGCAAAUCGAGCAGGACAAGAUCAGAAAGGCUCAGGGUUUGAAGAAGUGA